GAGUCAUCACCGGCGUCCUUCGGAACGGAAGAAACAUGGCGUCCGCGACUCGCAUAAUUCAGAAGCUGCGGAACUGGGCGUCUGGGCAAGACCUGCAGGGGAAGCUGCAGCUGCGCUACCAGGAGAUCGCCAAGCGGACCCAGCCACCUCCUAAGCUCCCUGUGGGCCCCAGUCACAAGCUGUCCAACAAUUACUACUGUACUCGUGAUGGCCGGCGGGAAGUUGUGCCUCCUUCAAUCAUCAUGUCUUCACAAAAGGCCUUGGUGUCAGGCAAGACAGCUGAGAGCUCUGCUCUUAAAGCCACCGAGAAAAAGGCAGUGACACCGGCUCCUCCCUUAAAGAGGUGGGAGCUGUCGAAGGACCAGCCAUACCUGUGACCCUGCCCUAGGCUACCUCGCCUUGUCCCCAGGGCCACAUGACUGAUUUUCCUCCUUGGAUUCCCUCUGGGGAGAGUGUGACCUAAUUUAUUACAAAUACACAUAGUGCCACAGUGCU